GCAGAUCAGGACCAGAUGAGCAGAGGGAGGUUUCUGUGAAGAUCAGAGUCGCCCCAGCCCUGCCCCGGGAAGUGGCCCAGCAGCGCUGCGUCUCCGGCUGUCAUCGCUACGGACCUGGAAAAGAAAGAAGAGAAGAAAAAUGUCCCAUGCUUUAAAGCAAGUGUUCAAUAAAGACAAAACCUUCCGGCCCAAGCGCAAGUUUGAGCCGGGGACUCAGCGGUUUGAGCUGCACAAGAAGGCUCAAGCCUCGCUCAACGCUGGCCUGGACUUGAAAGUUGCCGUCCAGCUGCCGCCGGGAGAGGAGCAGAACGACUGGGUGGCCGUACAUGUGGUGGACUUCUUCAACCGCAUCAACCUGAUCUACGGCACCAUCAGUGACUAUUGCACAGAGCAGUCCUGCCCCGUCAUGUCGGGGGGACCCAAGUACGAGUACCGAUGGCAGGACGAGCACAAGUACCGGAAACCCACGGCCCUGUCUGCUCCCCAGUACAUGAACCUCCUGAUGGACUGGAUUGAGGUACAGAUCAACAACGAGGACAUCUUUCCCACUAAUGUUGGUACUCCCUUCCCGAAGAACUUUCUCCCGGUGGUGAAGAAGAUUCUCUCCAGGCUCUUCCGGGUCUUUGUCCACGUCUACAUCCACCAUUUCGACAGGAUCACCCAGAUGGGGUCGGAAGCCCACGUGAACACCUGCUACAAGCACUUUUACUACUUUGUGAAAGAGUUCAAUCUCAUAGACACCAAGGAGCUGGAACCACUGAAGGAAAUGACCUCCCGGAUGUGCCACUGA